GCAGUUACUGCUGGCAGAACCGAAGAGUCCGCUGGAGCGCAUCUCUCUCGCGGCGGGUUCAGAAGCUUUGAGGGUAGAGCAAGAUGACAGGUCCUCCAUCUUUCUUGUUCAGUCUGACUGCAUUGGCUGUGGUUGUAUCUUUGGUCUAUAGUGGUGCUUCCAUCACAAACAAUGAGGAUGACUGCCUUUUGACACGGAUAGAGAUCCCAGUGAUCCUGGACCAAAGCACAGCGAGGCUUCAAAGCCCAGAAUUCACUGCAGAAGACUUCAGUGAGCCAGGAGUGAUGUGUGGGAUUGAGUGCCAAAGAAAGCUGCCAGAAGCGAGGCCUGCGGAGCUGGAACGACUACUGUCUUAUGAAACCGUCUACGAGAACGGAACACGCACCUUCACCAAAAUACAACUAGAAGAGGUCGCUGAAUUAAGAAACGCAUCCUCUUCUGUCGUCUGCAAUGCAGGACACCUUAAACGCAGAAAACGUCAGGUAUACGGCAUGGAUGGACGCUUCGUGAUCACAGAUACACACUUCAUCACUAAUUACCCCUUUUCUGCCUCAGUCAGGCUCUCUACGGGUUGCUCAGGCAUGUUAGUUUCUCCAAAACACGUACUGACUUCUGCCCACUGUGUCCAUGAUGGCCAAGUCUAUCUGAAAGGGACCAAGAGGCUGCGAGUGGGUGUCAUGAAGCUUCGCUCCAAACGCAGAGGAGGACGCCAACGAGGAGGCAAGAGGAGAGGAGGAAAGAGAAGAGAAAGCGAAGCGGGAAAUGAAGAAGAUGUAGCCACUGAAGGAGAACUACUUCAUAGAGAACACAGGAGGAAAAGGAAGAACCGUAUUAGACAUGACACAGGUUCAGAUCAGUCCAGGCAACCGGUGUUCAGGUGGACACGCGUCAAACUAACACAAGUGCCAGCAGGCUGGAUGAGGAGAGCAGGCGAGGAGAUCUCGGCUGACUAUGAUUAUGCCCUUCUGGAGCUGAAACGACCCCAUAAGAUGAAGUUCAUGGAGUUAGGCAUUGUUCCUGUAGUCAAGGACAUCCCAGCUGGAAGAAUCCACUUCUCUGGUUUUGAUGAUGACCAAUCAGGGAAAGUGGUCUACCGCUUCUGUUCGGUCUUAGAGGAGUCCAAGGACCUCAUGUACCAGUACUGUGAUGCACAGAAGGGGUCAAGCGGAGCCGGGGUGUACGUAAGGCUACGAGAUCAGGGAGGAAAAGGGAAGUGGAAGAGGACGGUAAUUGGCGUGUUCUCUGGACACCAGUGGGUGGAUGUUGAUGGGAUGCAGAAGGACUAUAAUGUGGCAGUCAGAAUAACACCCGCCAAGUACGCCCAAAUAUGCCACUGGAUCCAUGGAGAUGCUAGUCGAUGUAAACUGGCCUAA